UUACUAUUCUUUUUUGGCAGGCAUGCGUCUCAUCUUGGACUGCAAGGCUUUUUUCGGCUACAGUGGUGAUUCUAAGCCCAUCAUCUACUGGAUGAAGGGGGAUAAGUUUGUAGAGGAGUUGGAAGGACACAUAAGAGAGAGUGAAGUCAGGGUGGUGCGAGAGUUUCUUGGGGAGAAGGAGGUGGAGCUGUCUCUGAUCUUUGAUGCUGUGGAUGAGAUGGACAUGGGCAACUACACCUGUAAUGUGGAGAACCACAUCGGCCGUGGCAGUGGAAGUGCUAUCCUGCAGAAGAAAGAUAUGUACAGGCUGGAGUUGGUUGGUGGUCUAGGCGCCAUCAUGCUGUUAUUGGGGAUCUUCACUGCCAUCUAUAAGUGCUAUAAUGUGGAGAUCAUGCUGUGCUACCGGCGACACUUCGGCAGCGAUGAGGCAGAUGAUGACAACAAAGAAUAUGACGCCUACCUCUCUUACACCAAAGUGGACUUGGAGUCAGUGGAGCGAGAGAUGAGUGAGGAGGAGCUGUUUGCUCUGGAGAUCUUACCCGACGUCCUGGAGAAACACUACGGAUAUAAACUCUUCAUUCCACACCGGGACCUCAUACCCAGCAGCAGUAAGAACAACAUCCUGCCAUUUCACGUCCCUUUCAUUCAUGAGUGCAAGUUAGAAUUUAAUCAGGCGCAUGACUGACGCGGCCUUGCACAC